AUUCUCUCCGUCUGCCUCCGCCUGCGAGCGCCUGACUCCCGCAACAUCCAGCAUGUCUCUCCCGCAACAGCUGCGCGACGAAAGUGAUUUUGACCAGCUUCCAGACAACAUCCCAGUCACCGCAACUAUUGCUGAUAUCGAGGAGAAGAAAGGUUUCAUUGUUUACUUUAGUUUCGUGAUUGAGGUAAAGACCAAAGGCAACAGUAAAUACUUAAUCUACAGAAGGUAUCGAGAGUUCUUUGCUCUGCACCAGAGUUUGGAGCUCAAGUACACAGCUGAAGCCCAGUCGGGAUACUACAACUGCCAGCUACCAACCCUGCCAGGUAAGGUAUUUAUGGGAAACAAAAAAGAGAUCGCAGAGAGCAGAAUCCCGGAGCUUAACAGUUACAUGAAGCGGUUGCUUUGUCUGCCUACUUGGGUGCUCUUGGAUGAUCUGAUACGAAUGUUUUUCUACCAGACUGAGUCCGACAGCCAACAAGUCCCCCGGGCCCUGCGCCGCCUGCGGCCCCCCACACGCAAAGUAAAAACUGUGAAGCCCAAAACAGACCUUCUCUCCGCGCCCAGAGCAGAGGCGGUGUUUGACUUCAGCGGCAGCGGACGCCUGGAGCUCAGUCUGAAGGCUGGAGAUGUGAUCUUCCUCCUGCGGAGAGUCAAUGCAGACUGGCUGGAGGGCACAGUGAGGGACAGAACUGGCAUCUUCCCUGAGUCGUUUGUGAAGAUUAUUAAAGCGCUUCCAGAGAACGAGUCUGAUGAAGAGGGCGGAGCUUCCAGGAACAGCAGUCGAGCUCAGGGGUCAUACAGCUGUCUUCACUGUUACUUUCUGCAGCCAGAGGGCAUCGAGACCAGGGACAUUUGUGUUCAGGAGGAUCUCUCUAUCCAGCCGUCAUAUGAAGAUCUGCUGUCCAGAAUGAGGGACGUCUUUCAUGUGGACGAUAUUGCUUUGAACUACCGAGAUGCCGAGGGUGACCUGAUACGGAUAUUAGACGAUGAAGACGUCGUUCUCAUGGUGCAAGAGAGUAAACGCAUGGAGUCAAAGGUCAAACGACCCGUCAUUCAGUUUCCCUGGGAGCUGCUGGUCACGCAUGCCAAAGAUCUGACCGUCUACAACACCGAGUAUUAACAUAGACAUGCUUUUAUGAGUCUCUUUGUAUGGUCCUUGUCAUUCCAAAGUCACUAGACAUUUGUUUAUUUUUUGUGGUUUUCAAAUUGAAAACGUGUUUGGUUAUUACAACCCCAAAUCAGGAAAAGUUGGGACAGUAAGGAAAAUGCAAAUAAAAAAGAAAGUAGUAAUUUCUAAAUUUACUUUGAUUCGUAUUUCAUUGCAGACAAUAAAGUAAACAAUUUUUAAUGAGUUCCUCAUGAUUUUUAUAUUAAUUUUUAAAAUAAACACGUACUCCAGUUUUGUUUUUGAAAGACAUUUCAAAAAAGUUGUAACAGUAAAGCAUUUGCCACUUUGUACUAUUUUUCAUUCCUUUUCUCAACACUUAAUGAAGUUUAGGGACCGAAGACACCAAGUAAUAAAGUGUUUAAGGUGUAAUUUUGUCCCAUUCUUCCUGCUAACAGGUCUUAAUGCACCACAUAUUCUCUAUCGCAGACAGGUCGGGACUAUAGACAGGCCAGUCAAGUACCUGUAUCCUCUUCCAUUGCAGCCAGGACUUUAUAAUGUGUGCAGAAUGUGGUUUUGCAUUGUCUUGUUGAAAUAUGCAUGGGUGUCCCUGGAAAAGUAGGCAGCAUAUUGUGCUCCAAAAUCUCUUUUCAGCAUGAAGCCUGGUUUAUACUCGACGCUUCAACUUGCUUGAGUGCACACAGGAAAUGUGAUGUCAUCGUGGAGUUUGCAGAUGUUUGCUUUGGGUGCACGCGACAUGAUUUCUGAGAAUUUAAAACAAUUGAAAUUGUUUGAUGAAUUUAAAACAAUUUAAUAGUUGCAAAACUAUAAUGAAGUCACAAAUGUAUUUAUUUGAUAACUGGGAAGGAAUAUUUGGCCCUAUCGGUUUACAAUAUACUGAUGGCCUGUUUUUCUAGGCUUUAUUGGUGAUAAUGUUCAGGAAUGUUGGACCAUUAUUGCCUUUUUAGCAUAAGUAUUGGACAGAAACUAGCCAGACAGUAAUGUGUGAACUGUGGAGCGGGCUAAAUCUAAAUAUAAAAAUGUAUUUUAUUUUGUAAGUGUACUUUUUUUUUGCUUUUAUUCUUGGCAUAAUAAAAUAUAUUUGUAUAGCAA